AUUGGGAAACAAAACGAUUUGAUGGAAACUGACAAGUGUAAUGCCAGUCCAACUAUCAUUCAAAGUACUCAGUCUAAAAAGACGCAAAACUUCUGACUCGGAGUUGAAUCAGAUGCAACCUUUGAGUUGCGAAGAAACUUCAAAUAUCAAGUCCUCUACAAACGUUUUCAACUUUGAGGUUUCCAACUUUCUAAGAGAAGCUAUUUUUAAGUGUAUAACUGGUAGAAACUCUCUACUGGAAGCAGCAAACUUUGAAUAUAGAACUGUUCCAAGUUUUAUUCAACUUCUUGAUAAGCUCGAUGAUAGCUGUAGGGGUUGGUUGUUAGAAGAUUGCAAGUUUGUCAACCUUAACCUCCCUUGGACACGUUCAAGUCUACUUGGUCACCUUGAAGUAUUUUUUACGGAAUAUCCAAAGUUGUUUGAGCAUGUUGUGAUAUGUCGCUCAGAGACAAAGCUUUCUCAACUUUGUGAAGCUUUGAAGAGUUUUUUGAAAACAGUGCCAACAUUAUCUGCUAAAAGACUACUUUUCCUUCAAGUUGAUGAUAAGGAUAGUUCUUCUAUACUUGAGUUGUUAUCUAUUCUUUUUCAAAAAGGAUAUGGUUCAUCAUUUCUUUAUAUAGACUUGGAUAUGUUUGACUUAUCGAAGAGUUGGACUGUACUAGUCACUUGUCUUCAGUUGAUUUCACGAGUUGAGUUUUUUGCGAUGAAUAGCAACAAAAUUUCCAAUGAGCAACUAUUGAUACUUUUGAGAAUACUACACAAGGCCUUUCUUGGUUCUAUUCAUGCUUCUUUAUGUGAUCAAUGGAGAAUACCUCAUUUUUUUUAUAUUUUAGAAUUCUGUCAAACGAAACAAAUAUCAUUGAAAGCAAGUUUUGAUUUUCUGAGUUUGCAAUUAUUUCGUAUUAGCUUUGAUGCUUUUGAGCCUUUUUGGACGACAAGUGAAGUUGAGAUGAAUCUUUCGUUGAAAUCUAUUAGUUCAGAAGGAGCGCAAUAUUUAAGUGAAGCAUUGAAAGUCAACAAUACAUUGACUGAAUUGGAUAUUCGUAAAGGAGUGCAAUAUUUAAGUGAAGCAUUGAAAGUCAACAAUACAUUGACUAAAUUGAAUAUUGGUGAUAAUAACAUUGAGUCAGAAGGAGCGCAAUAUUUAAGUGAAGCAUUGAAAGUCAACAAUACAUUGACUAAAUUGGAUAUUCGUAGUAAUAAGAUUGCGUUAGAAGGAGUGCAAUAUUUANAAAGGAGUGCAAUAUUUAACUUUGAAGCUAUUGAGAAAGUCAACAAUACAUUGACUAAAUUGAAUAUUCGUUAUAAUAACAUUGCUUCAGAAGGAGCGCAAUAUUUAAGUGAAGCAUUGAAAGUCAACAAUACAUUGACUAAAUUGAAUAUUCGUAGUAAUAACAUUGCGUCAGAAGGAGCGCAAUAUUUAAGUGAAGCAUUGAAAGUCAACAAUACAUUGACUGAAUUGGAUAUCAAUAACAAUAACAAUGCUCGAAUCAAGACAUUGACUAAAUUGAAUAUUGGUUAUAAUAACGUUGAUUCAGAAGGAGCGCAAUAUUUAAGUGAAGCAUUGAAAGUCAACAAUACAUUGACUAAAUUGGAUAUUCGUAGUAAUAAGAUUGAGUCAGAAGGAGCGCAAUAUUUAAGUGAAGCAUUGAAAGUCAACAAUACACUGACUAAAUUAGAUAUUAGUUAUAAUAACAUUGAUUCAGAAGGAGCGCAAUAUUUAAGUGAAGCAUUGAAAGUCAACAAUACAUUGACUAAAUUGGAUAUUGGUUAUAAUAACAUUGCGUCAGAAGGAGUGCAAUAUUUAAGUGAAGCAUUGAAAGUCAACAAUACAUUGACUAAAUUGAAUAUUCGUCGUAAUAACAUUGAUUCAGAAGGAGCGCAAUAUUUAAGUGAAGCAUUGAAAGUCAACAAUACAUUGACUAAAUUGAAUAUUAGUGGCAAUGCAAUUCCGUCAGAAGAUAUACGAGCAAAAAUUCACCCAUAUUUAAAGCGUAAUCAAGAGCGAUUGGCAAAGAACAAAACUUCUUUUCAUGCUUGUAAUAUCGAUGUAUCUUCUACUCAACUAGCUUUGAAAAACCAAGUGUCAACGCAACAACAAACCAACUCGAUGGAAUUUUUUAUUAGCUUAGACCAAACUUAUUUACGAUACAAGAAUACGGUUUGGAAUGAAAGUACAUUGUUGUUUAUCAUAUAUAUGCAACAUCGAAGACUUGAAUUAUUUGACUCAGGUUUUCAGGCAAUGAUUUAUCCACCAUAUGAAAUGAUGACUUAUUUCGUAAUGGAUGCUUCAAACCAAAUGGAUAUUCGAAAGCUGCCCGAGUACUUUGAAACGGAUGAUUUUAUUUGUUCUAUUUGUUGCUUUAUCUGCAAUCAUCCUUUUUGUUCGGAGAACUGUAGCCAUGUCUUUUGCCAAGGUUGCAUUGAAAGUUGGAACAAAACAACUUGUCCAACAUGUCAAACAGUUUGUACGAAUUGGAAAUAUUCACCCCUUGCAGAGAAUUUUAUUUUAAAAUUACGUUUGCGUUGUCCUCUUGAAUGUGGUUGGCAUGGAACCUUAAUGGAUUAUGAAAAGAAUCACAAAACAAUUUGUCCAAAUGAGAUGGGUAAAUGCAGCUCAUGUGACUUGACAAUGAAGCGAUCUCAAUUUGUCGAUUCUCAUAAUAGAAAGUGUGCUUAUCAACUUGUUUCAUGUGAUUAUUGUUAUUGUGACAUUCCAUCGUCGUUGCUUGCUGCUCAUAUUGCUCAUGAAUGUGCAUCAGCUCCCAUUGUUUGUAGUGCUUGUAAAGGUUUCUUUCUGACAUGGCAUUCUUGGAAGCUUCAUAUUGAGAAAGAAUGCGAGAGAGUAUCGGAACGAUGUGACUAUUAUGAUUAUGGUUGUACAGAAUACUUGGAGCGAGGUCAUUUGAAGAAACAUGAAACUGAAGCAAUAGCUUAUCAUCUUUGUUUGUUAAAAGAUGCUCUUCAAAAGACUCGACAAGAAGUCCGUUGCCAAAGUCUAUUUUAAACUUUUUGGAAUUGUGAGUUUUUAUAAAAACUGGUGUUUUUUC